GGAGAGCCUAAAUAGAAAUGAAAAUCCUGAAGCUUACAUGUGCAAAUGCCUAGCAGCAAAAAUUUCAGUGCUGUCCUAAAGAACACAGCGAAAGCAGCUGACACUUAUUUCACAUCAGAAAAAUUCUUGUCUUCCAUCCUGACUGUCCACACCUCAUGGAUAAUCACUCUGGCGACGAGGACACGGAGGAUGACCUGGCCACCCAGCUCACCAUUCAGCAGAGUUUGCAGGAUGCUUACAGGCAAGGACCACACCGUGCACCUGAGCAGGCCAGCUUGCGUUCCAUGCUGAGCGCCGAGUGUCAGAAGAUAGUUGAGACUAUCGAGGCAGGUGAGGAAGAGGCAUUGUCACGGCUGGCCCAGCACCUCUCUGCUUUCGAGGAAACCUGGGAUGGGAUGGGAUGGACCCCUCUGCAUAAGGCAACGGUGCAACUAAAUAAGAACAUUCUGGAAAUAACCCUGAAGGCUUCAAAAUCCAGCGUGUGGGAGCAAACCACCCAGCUUGGGGAGACCCCGCUGUUCCUGGCCGUAAGCAGCUCCCUCAUAGAAAACACCAGUUUCCUCCUCCUCAAUGGCUGCGAUCCCAACGCAAGGAACUUUGAAGGCAAUUCUCCACUUCUCACAGGUAAAGGAAUACCAUCUCUCAAAUGCGCUCUAAAGAAGCUGAUUCCAGUUACAAAUCUUGUUGCCAUGAAGUGGCGCGGGAUCAGUCCAGUUCACUGCACAGCAGCAGGGGCGCACCCCGAGUGCCUGGAACUUCUUAUCCAGGCUGGAUUUGAUGUGAAUUUCAUGUUAGAUCAGAAAAUUUGCAAGUAUUAUGAUGAUCAAAGUAAGUCAGCUUUGUAUUUUGUGGUAUCAAACGGUGACCUCUCUUCCGUAAAGCUGCUUCUGAGUGCAGGAGCCCUGCCUAAUCAAGACCCAGUUAACUGCCUCCAGAUAGCCCUUCGACUGGGCACCUACAAGCUGCUAACUCUGCUGCUGAGGCAUGGAGCCAACGUGAAUUACUUUUGCAGGGUUAACCCUCUGCACUUCCCGUCGGCACUGCAAUACACACUGAAAGAUGAAGUUAUGCUCAGGAUGCUGCUCAAUUACGGGUACGAUACAGAGCUGUGCUUCGACUAUCCUCAUGGUGACAAAGUGCAUCCUUUCUACAGUUUUGAAGGCUGGACCUCUACAGUUAUCAAGGACACCAUGGUAAGUCCACUUUUACAAAGCACCACCCUGGGUAACAUUUUGAAGUCAAUGUAUUCAAAUUAUGUUGAACAAAUUCAGAUUUGUUCAAAGUUAAAAGCUGUGCUCCAAAAACAGGGUCUUUGGUCAGAGAUCCAUUUUAUCUUGACAAAUCCUCACUCCCUAAAACACUUGUGCCGCCUGAAGAUCCGGAAGUGUAUGGGACGUCUCCACUUGCGAUGCCCUGUCUUCAUGUCAUUUCUUCCACUACCCACGUCAAAAGCCUAUGUCCUUUACAAAGAGUAUGACCUUUAUGCACAAGGAAUUGUGACAGGAUCCUGGUAA